AUGGAUGAUACCAGUGCCAGGGCAUCGGUGGAAGACUCAGCAGACUCGGAAGACAUCUUGUUGCCAUGGUGGCAGAAGAACCAGAAGAAGAGAACAAGAACUCAGGGCGACAGACUCUAUAUGUGGUGGGCCACAGGGUGUUUUCGGCCAGAGCCAAAAUGGAAAGUGCAACAAUGGACCAUUUGGGAAGGCGCCGGGCCCGACGGCGACGACAUGAUCUUCUACGACCAGCCCGAAUGGGACAUCUUCUGGCAGGCCUGCACCGACCUCGACGUCCCCCUCUACCUGCACCCGCGCAACCCCACCGGCACAAUCUACGACAAGCUCUGGGCCGACCGCAAGUGGCUCGUGGGCCCGCCGCUGAGCUUCGCGCACGGCGUCAGCCUGCACGUCUUGGGCAUGGUGACCAAUGGCGUGUUCGACCGGCACCCCAAGCUCCAGAUCAUCCUGGGCCAUCUGGGCGAGCACAUCCCCUUCGACAUGUGGCGGAUCAACCACUGGUUCGAGGAUCGGAAGAAGCAGCUCGGUCUGGCGGAGACGUGCAAGAAGACGAUCCGGGAGUACUUUGCGCAGAAUCUGUGGAUCACGACGUCGGGGCAUUUCUCCACGACGACGUUGAAUUUCUGCAUGGCGGAGGUUGGCGCGGAUCGGAUUCUGUUCUCCAUCGAUUACCCCUUCGAGACUUUUGAAGAUGGAUGUGAUUGGCUUGACAAUGCGGAGUUGAAUCUGACGGAUCGGUUGAAGAUUGGGAGGGAAAAUGCGAAGAAAUUGUUUAAGCUGGGUUCGUAUCAUGAUAGCUCUGCUUGA